AUGGCGGAGGCGUUCUUCGCCCGGCUGCCGCCCUCGCGGCUGACGGCGCUGGAGACCGAGCUCCGGGACCUCCUCCUCAAGGCCGCCGCGGUGGCCGAGAGGCUGCUGCCGAGGGCGGGCACCGUGGCGCUGCAGGAGACGCGCGGAUACCUGGGCAGGUGGUCCUCGCCACGUCGGAGGAGGGCCUGGUCACGCUGGCGUCUUCCGGAGGCGCCGAAGGCCCUGAGGCCGCAGUUCCCGGUGAAGCCGGUGGCCAAGGCCUCGGCGGCGCCCCCCUCUGGCAGCACCGCCGCGGCCGAGGCAUUCUUCAGCCGGUUGCCCCACGACUCCUUCACGCAGACGGAGGAGGCCCUCCGCUCCGCGCUGAAGGCGCUCCUGGCGGAGCGCGGGCCCCUGCCGGUGUCGCAGGCGGCGGCCGAGCCCGCCGUGGCCAGCGCCGCCAAGGCGACCCUGAUUCGAGCUGUGACCCUGGCAGAUUGGGUGGAGCGGCGCAUCGGCGGCGAGGUGCAGGCCGUCCUGGACGAGAAGGGCGGCCGCGUCCUCCAGCUGGCGCGGCACGACAAGUCUAGAGGUCGGGGCAGCAGCCUGCUCGUGGCCGAGGCUCGGCGAUUGGGCAUUCGACUGAUACUGGUCUCAGACACGCUUGGUAUCUAG